UUAGAGUUCCAAAGAGUGCCUUUCGACAUCACAUCGAGGACUCUUCAUUUGAAUUUUUUAAACAGACUGCUUAAGAGAUCCAUAAUCCUUCCCUUCCAAGGGAGUUGCAAAAUCCUUAACAGCUCACACUAGCAGGCUUUAAGGUGUCCCGGACUGGUGAUGUGAAUUUCUAGUUUCUUGUCCAUCCCGAAGCUACCCUAAAUUCGACUUCCUCUGCCAUCGUCAUCUUUCCACAGCGAGAGCUUUCACGUGCAGGCUGAACUUCAGAGCUCAGAAGUUGUUCCGGUCUUUCACUUUCUCCUUGAACCCCAGAGGCCUGCGCGUAUUACGCAGACGCAGACUCGUGCAAGGGCAUCACAACAAACCUGCGGCGCUUUCUCUGCCAGCCUCAGAAAGUUUGUCCCCAGGGCCUGGCAGAGGCGGCGGCAACAGAUUUACCAGAGCAGGAAGAACUGAGAGGACCUGGUGUGCCCCGAGGGGUUUUCUCGCUGAGCGCCGAGCUCCUUCUUCCCGGAGUUCCCAAACUUGUCCCCUGAAUUGGAGAAAGACCUCCCUCCCUCCUCUGCUGCACUGUACAGCGACUGAUCUCCACUUUCUCACCCGCAACCCAGAGAGAAGAGGGGAUCCAGCGAGAUGUUGUGGCUGUUGUUAGGGCUCAGCGGGCAGAAGCUAUUGCUUUGGGGAGCAGCGAGCGCUGUCUCCCUAGCCGGCGCCACUAUCCUGCUCAACGUCCUGCAGAUGUUGGUAAACUACGCGCGGAAAUGGCAGCAGAUGCGGCCAAUCCCAUCGGUGGCCCGCGCCUACCCCUUGGUGGGACACGCGCUGUUUAUGAAGCCCAACAACACAGAAUUUUUUCAGCAGCUAAUUCAGUAUACAGAAGAAUUUCGACAUCUGCCGAUCGUUAAGCUUUGGAUUGGACCAGUGCCCAUGGUGGCACUUUAUAAGGCAGAGAAUGUGGAGGUGAUUUUGACCAGUUCGAAGCAAAUUGAUAAAUCAUUUAUGUACAAGUUCCUGCAGCCAUGGCUGGGACUAGGACUUCUUACAAGCACUGGGAGCAAAUGGCGCACCAGGAGGAAGAUGCUAACACCUACUUUCCAUUUUACAAUUCUGGAGGAUUUCUUGGAUGUCAUGAACGAGCAAGCUAAUAUAUUGGUUAAUAAGCUUGAAAACCAUGUCAACCAGGAAGCCUUUAACUGCUUUUUCCACAUCACUCUUUGUGCCCUGGAUAUAAUCUGUGAAACAGCUAUGGGGAAGAACAUCGGAGCUCAAAGUAAUGAUGAUUCUGAGUACGUCCGUACAGUGUAUAGGAUGAGUGAUAUGAUAUAUCGAAGAAUGAAGAUGCCCUGGUUCUGGCCUGACCUUUGGUACCUUAUGUUUAAAGAAGGACGGGACCAUAAAAGGGGACUCAAGAGCCUACAUACUUUCACCAACAAUGUCAUUGCUGAACGGGUCAAUGAAAGGAAGGCAGAGGAAGAAUGUAUGGGUCCCAUCCCCUCCAGAAAUAAGCGCAAAGCUUUCCUUGACUUGCUUUUGAGUGUGACUGAUGAGGAAGGAAACAGAUUAAGCCACGAAGACAUCCGAGAGGAAGUUGACACCUUCAUGUUUGAGGGUCAUGAUACAACUGCUGCUGCAAUAAACUGGUCUUUAUACCUACUGGGUUCUAAUCCAGAAGUCCAGAGGAAAGUGGACAAGGAGCUGGAUGACGUGUUUGGAAGAUCCCAUCGCCCUGUCACCUUGGAAGACCUGAAGAAACUUAAAUAUCUGGACUGCGUCAUUAAGGAGACUCUCCGAGUUUUCCCGUCUGUCCCUUUAUUUGCCCGGAGUCUUAGCGAAGACUGUGAAGUGGCUGGUUACCGAGUCGCAAAGGGAACAGAAGCAGUCAUCAUUCCCUACGCACUACACCGCGACCCCAGAUACUUCCCAGAUCCCGAGGAAUUCCAGCCAGAGCGGUUCUUUCCCGAAAAUUCCCAAGGACGCCAUCCCUAUGCCUAUGUGCCAUUUUCUGCUGGACCUAGAAACUGUAUUGGUCAAAAGUUUGCUGUCAUGGAGGAAAAGACCAUUCUUGCUUGUAUCCUGAGGCAGUUUUGGGUAGAAUCCAACCAGAAGAGAGAAGAACUCGGCCUGUCUGGAGAUUUGAUUCUUAGGCCAAAUAAUGGCAUUUGGAUCAAGCUGAAGAGGAGGCAUGAAGAUGAUCCCUAACUCCAUCCCAAGCUCUGACCUUGCCAUGAUGAAGUUCAUUCCAGAGGAAACAGGGUAUCUGCAGUUUUUAGAUUAUGAGUUGAAAACUCUGAAUCCUCAAACCUAGCAUUUUUCCUUCCUUGUCCUCACUGAUCUUGGGAUGCAGUCUCUUACUGAGAGUUUUUGUGUGUUUGUUACCAAUAUGGAUGCCAUGUCACAUCUGGUCUUCCUCUCAAAGGCACUGUUAGCUAGCUGAAGUAGCAGUGACAUAAACAUGCAGAAAAAAUUAUAACAGAGGGACCAUUGGCCUGUCCAAUCCUAUUGGUUACACUCAAAGGUCCUCAUUUAAAUGAAAUCUCAGAAUUAAGAAAAUAUUCUUGUUGACUUGGAAAUUCACAUAUCUUUUGAAAAUGUUGGGUAAUUAAGCCCUCAGAAUAAUGGGCUUAAGUUUUUAUAAUGUCACCAAUUCUAUAAGUUAUGACAAGAAUAAUUGCCAGAGCACUUUCAGAUUUUAUGAUGAAAAGCAGGACCCUUGCAUGCCCGAGCCAAGUUCCAGGCACCUUGUUGACUGUGUGCUAGAAUCUUCUUUCUGUUCUCGGUAGACAUAAUCACAUUAUACAUCUUAUUGUUGGAAGAGAUUCCUCUCCACAACAUCCAACCUAUCACAGAAGCUUAAUUAGUGGAUUUUAAAGUUCAAGUGGUCACAGAAACAUUCUGGUUAUAUGCAAUUCCAUUAAGAGUAAGGGCAUGGAAUAAAGAAGACAGUAAACUUGUGCCCAAGAUCUGCCAUGGCUAGAAGUAGCUAAAUGUCUACACUGAGGCCUCUCCACUUCCUUUCUGAUAUACUCUCUCCUACAAUAUAAUUUGGCAUUAUGGAACUCAGGGCCAUGAUUGGAUGAAUUAGAACUCAGGAAUUCUGCCCUUGGUGUGGGCAUGUCUUUCUUGUAAUUCCUCUACUUUUAGAAGAAGGAAUCCUUUCUUCUAUAUUUAGUUAUACUAUACAAUUGCACUUGGUUCAGCACGAGAUAUCUAAUUAACUCAGCCCCAUGGAGCAUCCCUUCCAAGUUGGCAAUUGAAUUCCAUCUCUUGCAUUUUAAUUUGGGAUAUAAUACUAUUCCUCAUUCAAUGACUUUUAGAAACUUCUUUUAAUAAAUAAUUUUUAACAGGA